AUGGGUAACACAGAUAACACGGGUAACACAGAUAGCACAGAUAACACGGGUAACACAGAUAGCACGGGUAACACAGAUAGCCAGGGUAACACAGCACAGAUAGCACAGAUAACACGGGGGGUGGCACCGCAGGGCUGCGGGAAGCGGCUGGUGCUGCAGGCCGAGCCGCACCGCGCCGGCCGGCAGUGGAAGUUCGCCGGCUCCUUCUACUUCGCCAUCACGGUCAUCACCACCAUCGGCUAUGGGCACGCCGCCCCAGGCACAGAUGCUGGCAAAGUUUUCUGCAUGUUCUACGCCAUCCUGGGCAUCCCCCUGACACUGGUCAUGUUCCAGAGUCUGGGAGAGCGCAUGAACACCGUUGUGCGUCUACUGCUCAAGAAGAUCAAGAAGUGUCUGGGCAUGAGGACAACCAAUGUCUCCAUGGAGAACAUGGUCCUCGUCGGCUUUCUGUCCUGCAUGGGGACCCUGUGCAUCGGCGCAGCAGCCUUCUCUUAUUUUGAGGGCUGGACUUUCUUUCAUGCCUAUUACUACUGCUUCAUAACCUUGACCACUAUUGGCUUUGGAGACUUUGUGGCUCUGCAGAAGAAUGAGGCUUUGCAAAAGAAGCCCCCGUAUGUGGCUUUCAGCUUCAUGUACAUCCUGGUGGGCCUGACCGUCAUCGGCGCCUUCCUCAACCUGGUGGUGCUGCGGUUCCUGACGAUGAACUCAGAGGACGAGCGGCGGGACGCCGAAGAGCGAGCCUCGCUGAGGAGAGCCCGGAACAACAUCCACCUCAAGCCGAAAGAGGACAGCCAGUGCAGCAAUGCCAUUUUUCUCCCUGUGGAGGACAGGACAAGCCAGAUGAACCUCAUCCCGCUGAUCCAGGAGGACGCGGAGAGGCAGCGGCGCCAGUCGGCCAACUCGGCAGCCGCGGUCCCCUCCUUCUGCACGUGUCUGUGCUACAGACCUCAGCUGUGCAGCAGCCCGGUGCCCUCCCACCCCGAGACCCUGAGCUGCCACACCAACCCUGUCUAUUACAACUCCAUUUCCUACAAAAUCGACGAGGUCUCCCUGAGCACGCGGGGUCAGACCGGCUCUUCCCCAGGGAGCACUUUAUCAUCCAACAGCCCUCGCUGCCGGCAACACCCCCGGCUGCGGAGGAAAUCCAUCUAGGAGUGCGUGCUGAGCUGUACUCAGUGCUCGAGUCUUACUAUGAUGAUAAAUUAAGAACAGAGAUGUCAGGUCCUUCUUACUGCUCACAUUUCUUCCAUUUCUCUCCCCUUUCAGCUGGCAGCCAGCCCCAUGCAGGGUCCAGCAGGAACCUUUGAAACCCUGUUGAGAAAUAAUCUUUCCCUUUUGCAGGCACUGAAUGACAUUGUUAGUUUUUCUUUGCUUUUUUCCUCCCAAGUAGGUUCAAGCAUUUGGGUCUGGCAAGAGACUCCCUGAUGUGAAGUCCAGCAAGCUGUAGGUUUGCUCUCCCACCUCCCUGCUCCCCCAAGAGAGGCAUUUCUGCCCUCCCCCCCUGCCUGACCUUGGCUGUGGUCACUGCCAGCACAUGCCUCUUGCUAUAUGGGCUAGAUUGCACUUGCUGAGAGCAUAUCAAAAGCAAAGUCCAUGCUAGGGAGCCCUGCAGGGUUGGGGGUCUUUAAGUUGUCCUCUGACACUGGGUGCAGGUAAGUCGGUGCCAGGCAGCAGGUUUGCAGCUGGUGGAUGGGCAGGGAGAGGUGGGCAGGAGGGGGCAGGCUGCAGUCCUGCUGCUCAGCACACAGGGACAGCUUCAUGGCACUGCAUCUCCCAUGGCCAGCCCUCAAGGUCCCAGCUCAGGCUUGUGGCUGGCUCAGUCCUUUUGGGAGCUGAGGGUCCAUACACUUCCCCACAUACCCACCAGCACACCUUACCUCACUACUCAUAGAUCCUCCAGGCUGAGCUGGCUGGUGGGAUGCUGUGUCCCAUCUGCAAGGGAAGCUGAACAGCCACAGCUCCAGCCCUCCUCUGUGAUGAGCCCAACCUGUGCCUAGGGCACAGCCUUGGGGAGAACCUCCCUGAACCCCACAGAGCCACCUGCAAGGGGUUUGGCCCUGAUGAGAUCAUUAGCUAAAUUCACCCUUUCCCUCACAACCUUUCUUCCAGCUGACAACCCAGCACGCAUGUCUGCUCCUUGCCUCCUCCUGGUCCCUGUGAGCCCAUGGGUUUUGCCGAUUGCUGCUGGGGUUAUCAGAGGUGGGGUGAGCCCAUCUCACUGUAUCUCCCUGGGUGGGAUGCGGUACCCACACAGCCUCGCCUAGGAGGCUGUUUCCAGCUGGUGUCCCUCAUCCAUCCUGCCUCAUUUCCAAGAAAACAGGACUAGGCUCUGACAGUGGCAGCAGCUCCGUUUCACUUUUUUCCCCCAAUAAAGGGACAUUUCCACUCUUAGUUCUACACAAAAUACCCUCUGAGGGGGUUUUCACAGAGGGAAGUCCCCUUUUCCUGGUGGGGGAGGCAUGCAUCAGGGUUGGGAAAGCCUCAGGGCAGGCUUUGCUCUCUCCUCUUUGUUCUGGGCGGUUUAAUAAAAGGUGAAUCCAGCUGGUGGCAGUCGGUUAUUUGUCACGAGGGGGAGCAGAGAUGUGUCUGAGCCCCAAACCCUGGCCUUGCCCCACUGCAGGGGUAUGCCAGGGCUGGCUCCCCUGCCAUGGGGGUAUGGGCAGUGAUUAUAUCCAGGGAUAAUAUCCCUGUAGAUGUUUGCUGGGAUAUUUGGGCAUCAGAGGGAGGAGGGGGCAGAGUGGCUGUCCAGAGCUCGGAAGCAGCUGGGUCUUGUUGCCCAUCGUGGGAUGGUGUCUUUGCCCCCUGCAUGGGGAUACCCAGGGCUCCUCCACCCUCCCUGGCCGGUGACCUUCAUUUUUCCAACCUUUCCCGGUUCUUGGGCUUCCCUGGAAGCAGCUUUGGGCUUUGAUGUUACCCCAAAUCUGUGCAGGCUUGUUACGACUAGGACUUUCUUGUUCCAGUCUCUAAAAUGGCAGGGAUUUGGGCUUCCAGACAGGUCCUGCCCAAGCAGGCAAGUGCAGGGAUGGGCAGGAGCUCAGAUGGCAGGAACUCUGAUGGCAGGGCUGGCUGGCAGAAGAGCAGAGCAGUGCUGUCAGGGCAGGUCUGCAGUGGGGCUGCUGCGCUGCCUGGGUAGGUGAGGGGGCUUCCUUGACUGGUGCCUUUAUUUGGGGGAUGCUCUCUGGCACAGCUGCCUGCUCCGUGCCAGGUUCUCCAGCCCACUGGAGGCAGAGGUGAGACUUUGCACUCUUUCUUGGUGUGUGCCAUGGCCACAAUAGAUCCAUCCUGCCUGUCCCCAGGCAGCAGGACUCUCACACGAGAUGCUCGGCCCUUCCUGGCCUCAGCCCAUGCCCUCGUCCCACGUGUAGGCAGGGAAGGGACAGUGACAGAGCCAGGAGCACAGCCCUGGGCCACACAGCCUGGGAGGUUGGUGCAGGCACUGCUGGGCCGGCAUAAGGGGUUUGCGAGACCUUCAGCAGGAUGUACCCCAGGGCCCUUCGGGGUCUGUGGCAUCUUGUGAGCGGCAGGGCAGGGGGCAGAGAGCCUCCUGCCACCAAAGUGCCCUGGCAAUGCUUUCCCCCCCCCGCGCAGCAGCUGCAUCACUUUGCACCAGUGGCCUCAAAUCUGGACCAGCUGUCUAAGCCUUGGUUUAAAUAGAAAGGGGGAGAGGGGGGGGAAGAAGGCAAGCUGUGAGUGUAUUAAACAGGCUUGAGGAGGCUUUUGUUGGCUUCUCAGCUCCUCAGUGGUGUCAUUUCAUGCUGAUCCCACCAGCUCAGCCCCUUUGUUGCCAUGGCCUAUCCCUCCCCAAGAGCGUCAGCCUGAGGCUUGGCUGUGCUGUGCUGCCCCUGCCAUCAGAGAUGGGCAGCAGAUGGACUCUUGCCCUUUCCGUGUUGAACCUGGGACACCCUCCGAGUGGCCAGGCUGGAGCCGGCACCUCUCAUCCUCCAUACACCCUCGUGAAAGAAAGCAGCUCCUCAAAUCCUGCACAAGAAUGCACAUGUCAUUGCCCUGGUGAAAUCCACCUCUUCUGGAGCUGGAAGUGAGAGAAGAACCACAACCCAGAGGCUGAGCCAGCCUUGCGCUCUCCCUCUGGCUUCAGUGCAGUGCUGCCAGCGCUCGGUGGCUCUGCGCUCGUACCGCAGAGCCCGUGAUGCGACGGUGCAAAGGCAAAGCCCAGCAGAGGCACCAGGGCUGGUGGCGUGAUGUCUGCACCAUGGAGCCUUUCUCGGGCAGAGGAUGGAGCUGGUGAUGAGCUGAGAGCGCAGAAGCAGGGCACCUGCUUGGGUUUAUUGCUGCUUUUGUGCAGUCUGAGCUGCUAAGCAGCGCUGCUGGGGAGCGGAGUUGCUUAGUGACUGCCUGAGCCCCAUCCUGCUUUUGGAAGCUGGGGAUGGUCUGAGGGUGGGAGGUGCCAUUCAUCCCCCGGUGCUGGGCUGGGCUGCCCCAACCUCCCAGGCACUCAUGCUGCUGGAGAGAUCAUACUCCUCCUUCUCCCUCCACCACUGUAGCUGGGGUGAGUGGGUAAGGUCCUGCCCUGAAGACCUGCAGAGGGAUUUGGAGGCACGAGAAAAAUCUGCAAGAAAUUCUCCGUGAACUGAGACUUUGUGAUCCCUUGUCACUCGCAUGGGAAAAGGGCUCCCCAGGGAAUGCUGCCUACGAUCGCCACCUCUCCCGCAGACCCCCACAGCGGGAGUCACACCAGAGCCCUCAAAUGCUCCCCACCCAAAGGGGAGCUCAAGGCCAUACAGGCCCAGGCAGUAGCUGCACACCCAGUAACACCCAUGGGCCUCCUUCCCCAGGGUCCUCCUGCACCCACACUCAGUAUUCCCAACAGCCUGGGCCAGGAGUAGCUGCAGCAGCAUCUUCACAUCUAAGGUUUCCAAAUCAACCUUGAAGGGCCAGUGGUGGCCAUGAAGGGUCUUGGGAAGAAAGGAGUAGGAGCAGAAGGCAGCGGGGCAGUGAGCAGAGUACAGGCUGGAACCAAGCUUAGCUCUGUGCCUGGAGAUGCCCACAGCCAAGUCACACCUGGAAAUGGCACAAGGAAAUGCAGGUUUGAAGGUGGGGUUAAUUCAGAGAAAACCCUUCCACGGAGAGCACCAGGAAGGAGCCUGGGACAGCGCUGGGACACAUCAGGCUGAGCUGCUCACAUUCCCUAUAGGCACAAGGAGAAGGGAGGGGUCAGCUGAAAUCUUUUUGAAGAUAAUGGUGGUGGCAACAGAAAGGGCAGAGACACUCCACAAAAAUCCUCCAACACACCAUAGGAAAAAAAAAGGUUUUAUUAUCACCAUUAUCAACGUUUUCAUUAGCUUAACACUGAAUUGUAAAUCACUCAAUCAUUACAUAUUGUCUGAAUAAAACCUACAGACAGGAAAAAAGUAUAGUAGAAUCCUCUCCUGACUACAGACGAGCGGCCGGUGUCCCACCGGCGCUGCCGGGACGGCGUCCCACCUUCCACCCAAGGCAGCCCACGCACCUCACAAACAACUCGCCACAGUGGCAAGCAGGCUGCCUGGCUCCGUUGCCUGUGGUCCCUCGGGCUCUGCAGAGAUUACCUCUCACCAGAUGAUGUUAAAAACCUCCAGAAAGUUUUGGAGAGGGUUACAGAGGCCAAAAAGAGCAGAUCAGCUGCCCCCACUCCUACAAGAAAGGCAAGAGGAGAGGUAGCAACCAUGUAGUGCUCCUGCAAAGCUAUUGGGAAGCAAUUAACAAAGUAAAAAGGUUUAACCCCACGAAAGCAGCUUUCCCUAUGGCGGCCAGGCCCCUGGGCAGCGGGGGUACAAGGCAGAGCACCAGCACGCUGGCACGGGGGAGGCGAGAGCGUGGAUGGGCUGGGGUGGCUCCAUCCCUGAGCAGAGACCAGCUCUGCAGCACUGCCCUGGGGCUCCCCGUGGGCAGCGCGGGAUGGAGGCCUCAGUGCAGAGAUGCUGCGGGCAGCCUCGGUCCCCUCGGGAUGGAAUAAGGCCUCUACCGAGAGGGAAGGGAGAACCCAUGCAGGGAGCAGCGGGCGCAGGGGAAAGCAAAAGGAACCUGGGGGAAAGCUCGCUGGGAGCUCCCCUUCUCCCUGGCCAGCACAGAGGCAGUUCCCUCCCUGUCCCUGCCUUCUCCCAGCUGUCUGUAUGACACAUCACCCUGCGAGGGAUGCCGAGCCCUUGCAGAAGACCCCCAGCUCCUACCAAGGACGGGAAAGGAAGGACCCCCUGUGGUCCAAAUUCAGGACUGCCACGAAACAUGGGCAUGACCCCAGCAUCCCAGGUGGGUGGCAGGCCAUGGCAGUGCUGUGCAGGGGGGUCUGGGGUGAGGCACUGCAUCCACCGGGUGCCCUUUCCACCUGGCACAGGGAGCAGCCUGCAGCUCACCGCAAGAAGGCAAGCCCAGCGCCGUGAGGCUGGAGGAACGUGCCUUGGAUUCACUCUCCAAAUCUUGAUCUUCCUUUCUCCAAACAAAGCCAAAACCAGCUCCAGGUCAAGGAGAUAGAAUCACCAAAGCAGAGACCAGUGAGCAGCACUGGGUAAGGAGCAACAGCCCCAGAGAAAAAAGUGCUGCAGGAUUUAAAGUUCCAAGCUGGUGUUUAGGGGGAGCUGGAGCCCCCGUGGGCAGCUAUCCUAAUCUGUAGUGCCCAAGCAAUUACAAAAACCUAGCUCCUGGAAAGCUUGUGGGCAUAGCUUCAGCAGAAGGUGUGUGCCUCGAUUCUUUCCUUGGGCUGCUUCUCCCCCAUCCCUGCCCAGUGAGCAGAGCUCACUGCUGCCCACGCCCUGUGUGUGCCCGCACGGCCUCUCUACAGACAAAGCCCUUUCCUUCCCACGCAGGGGGGUCUCAAGCCCACACGAGGUGCCCAGCAUGCAGUGUAAAUGCAAAGGCUGCCUACUGACUUGGCAGAGCGGGGUUUAACCAUAUAGCUUUGGUUGCCAUUUUAGCUACUGGAAAGUCAUGAAGGGAAAAUCGUUAGGUUGUAGCCUCUGUUUGCUGGUGCUGGCUCCUCCUGUUUCAGCUGCUAAAGUGCAACGAACCAAAUGCUACAAGAAACUCUCCCCAGCUUCUCUCCUCUACCCAAUGAGAGCAGUGACCACAAGGAAGGGAGGGCAGAAGGGUGUCUACACCGUGAGAGGAGCUUGAGGUUCCCCAGGAACGAAUCUGAUGCUGCUGUCGUGGGUGAGUGGCUGGGGCUAGGGACGGAUGGGCAGCUGCUUGGUCACCGAGAUGUUGGUCACCGAGCAGAGGAGUCUGGCAGUGUGAGUUUAAGAUCCAUUAGCCACAUUUUGAGAAUACCUAAUCACUCACAAACUCCCCAGGGAAUUACCAGGUUCACAGAGGCCCGCUGGAAAGCCAGCAGACCCUCAGAUACACAAAGGGCGCAGCAGGAGAGCAGCUCCAGGCUCUGCCAUGCCAGGUCUCACAAGUGUCCCAUGGACUUGGCUGCCGGGUCUUGCGUUGGCAAAGGGCUUGUAAAAGGGAACAAGACACUGACUGCAAAACCAGCCAGCCCCUUUGGAGGGAUUUCUCCUCCCUAAGGGAACCUGGCAUUUUCCAAAGUGUUACUGUGCGCUGUGUACCUGCAUACAUUCGUACAGACACACACAUGUGGACAUCCACAAGCACACACCUUGGCAGGUGCACACUGGGGUAAACAUGAAAAGGCUUUUACCUAUCAUCCUCUUUUCCAAAUGUUUGGCUCGAAUUUGGUAGCUGCAAUUUCUUUUUAGAUGCUUGCUCCAGGUCUCAACAUGCCCUGGACUUCUCUGCUGAUAGCACUUCGCAUUUACACAUCUCUCUCUUCUCAAAGCAUAUCACAAAACCCCAUGAAUUAUUUCAUCAUUCACUGGGGCUCCCACCAUCACUGGGCCAGUGACCUGCUUCCUGCAUGGCCAGAGGACUGGCAAUCUUGAGAACAACAUGAAGAUUUUUUCCCAUGGGAAAUGCUGUGAUAAAUCCACAGGCAAUGAACUGGGAUGCUGUUUUGAAGCUGGUUGAUUUUAUUCACUGCAUCAAUGAUAGAGCUGAUUUAAAAUCCAAUAUCCUCAUCUGCCACUUUGGAAAAAUCUUUUGGUGAGCCCAACAUUAGCUAACUUCUGAAGAACGGCACAGAACAGCCUGUUCCUGUUUCACACAUUAGUCCCCUGUGAUCCUCUGCGAAGGUGCAUUUUCUCUGCCUUGGGUGGAAUUUUCUAACAAAAUGGACAAAUACCAUCUAUAUAAUGGACAAAAUAACCCACAAAGCCUUUAAAGAAGAGCAGCUCAAUCUGCCGCUCUGAAAAAACCCUCCCUUUAGCUUGCUCCUGGUAUCUUGAGGAAAAUAGGCAGCUGUCAGGCAGAACUCAUGCAGCCCCAGAGUGCAAAGGCUUUUUUGCUUAAUCAGGGCUACAGUGGCAGUGGGAACCAUUCUCGUUGAGUUACAAAUACUAGAUAGCCUAAGAAAAACAGGGAAAUUGAAACAGUCAUGAAGUUUAUAUUGAACCUAUUUUCUACCUCUGUAGUAUGAAGUUACCUACAGCUGUUUCAUUCUUCACCUAAGAGAGAUUUCAUGUCGAUGGGCACAUAUACUCACAGAGAAGUCUGUAGGAUGAAUGUAUCUCACAAGGCAACAGCCCAGUCUUCGUUUUUUACAAUCAAUAUGGAUCUUUUUCAAAAGUGAUGUCAUUGAGAUUGAAGACAAUUAUAAACUGUAUCAACAAUAUGUACUACAGCCUGCAAGUCACAAUCUGUGCACACCAAAUGGAAUAUAUUAUUGCUUGUUAGCCUAUUAGACUUUCUUUAUAAAAAGAUUUUUAUACAGAGUACAGGAUUAUGACAAAACUAGCUAAGUAGUUCUCAUCUUGAAAAUACAACAUCAAUUCUUUCAACAAAGGCUUGAAUAGUAGCUAAGUGUUAAUGAACAAUAACAAAUAUUUACCAAUAAUUUUAUGGCCAGUUUGAACAGAAUUUCUUAUAGGACUCUUCUGGUGUUUAUUUACAUAUGCCUCUUCUUUUGGAAAAAAGUUGAUAAAAUAUAACAAGGAACAUAGAAAUCAAAAGAAUGAGUAAACUUCAUACCAAGAACAUUAACCAUUUUUGAAAACACUAAAUUAUGUUAUCUGUUAAAAAACAUACAUCAUUUUGUCCUUAAAGAAAAAUAUUUUUCCUGUUUUAAAAUAUUACCAACAUCAUGUAAUAAACUAACUUAAAAUGAGUUUCAUAAAAAAGUUGUCUUGUCUAAACAUUACUAAACAUGCUUAGGUUGAGAUUCUGUUAACUGCCUCAACAUCUUAAAAAUAGCUCCUUUACAGGAACUUGUGAUAUUCAUACUCCAGAAGACCUGCAAAUUUAGAACAGUACAUUGAUAAAGGAUCUGGUAGCUAGAAACAAUAAAUAUAUAUUUUCAUUCAAAGCAAAUAAUUCUGAAACAUCCUUUGCAACAAUCCAUGGCCAAGAAGUGGGGAUGCACCUGGCUAAACAAUAAAGUCACCUGGCCCUUACCCUGCCCAUGGGCACAAACGCCCGUGUGCUCAUGUCCCCAGAAGGGAUGCUCCACCUGCCCACAUGGCUUCGGCUGCAGGUUGAAGACCAUGGAUUGAACUUCAGAGUGAGGACCCUGGCUCUGUGGCAUCCCAUUUGGGCAAAGCGAAAGCAACAACAGGAGACUGGGAAAAUAUCAUGUUUUUUUGCCUGAACAACUAGGACUAACCACAGUCAUGGCUGCUUUUUGCUCAGACCACAGAGAGAACAAAGCCAUGUGUGAGGCAUGGUUCUGGUGCUCUGCUCCCUGCUGUGUGCUGGGGAUUCCCACUGGGGAAAGAUCAUUCUGCUCUCAGGGAUGCUCUCAACAUCAGGAUUUCACUGUUUUCCAUGCUAAUAGUAAUGCCAGUAACAUUGAGGUACAGGCUCUCCACUUUUUUUUUGCAAGCAAUCCUCCCAUUACUAUUAAGGUCGAGUAUUUCAUGCACAAGGAACAGGGAAUCAACCCUGAGCUGGGCAGGUAUUUCUGUCUCCUCAAUCUCAUCCCUCAUCAUCACUCACAGACCAAAAAUACUAUGAUGCCUCUUGGUUUAAGUCUCUUGGCUCUUCCUCUCUCUUCCCAUCCCUGACUAUAACUAACAACUAGACUCAGACACAGGUAAAAACUCAGUCAGGACUUGCAAAGGGGAUCAAAGUUUAGUUUUCAGCUACUCUCACUCUAGCAAACUGCUACUUUUUCCACAACCACACUGGUAAUCCCAACUGUCAUAUCACAUCAUCUUAGAAACUAGCAAGUCAAAUUUGAGUGGAAAAAAAAGAUUAGGCUUUAUAAAAAUAAGCUAUUCCAAGCCUGAGACCUGCUUUGAAUGCUAUAUUGAGAGUCUUUAAAUUGAUGGAUAACUAGAAGACUUCUUUUUUAACUAUAAUACACCAUGGUCAGUGCAGGAAUCACGGGCAUGAGUGAAGCAAGAAUUUAUGACUGCAGGGUACCGUGCAGCUCUCCUGGCCUCACUCCCCACGGGCACUCCCAGAAGGGCUCCAGUGAGUCUGCUUUACCAAGGAAGAUCAUCUGCACCUGCCAGUUCAUGUGACUUCGCUGUGCGUGGCAGCCAGGGGUUGCAACGUUUGCUUACUGGGGAGAAACGGGACUUGGAAGUGAGUAUAAACAAAAGCGAGAACCACUGGACUACAAUCAACUACGAAAAAAAUGCAGAAGAAAACAGGACAGAGCAGACUGUUAAAACUGCCUCCAAAUUUCAGAAUCUGAGACGUUAACAAAAAUAACAUAACUGGAACUGUAACUUUUUUUGUUACCCUGACAGUGAACUUUUAGCAUGAUUAAAAACAGACAGAAGAUAAGUCUUCAGUGUUAAGUAGUCCUAUUGUAACUAAACUGAUCACCACUGAGCUUGCAGAGCUUUUGGAGGAGUAGGAUAUAGAGACACAUCACAUUUGCCAGGCAUACAGGAACUGAGGUUUUCAACAGACAGUCAUUAAACAAAGUUUUCCAGGGGAAUAUUUUUGGCAUAUAUAGUCUCCUACUCCCACUAAAGACUGCAAAAAUGUUGCAUUCAUCUUACUGGACACAGGAAAACCAUGAUUAACUAGCUAUUACUGGUAGAUAAUGUCCAAACUAAGUACCAAUAUAAAGUUUUCGGCAUAACUUAAGACAGAAGCCCUGUUACUCAGCUGCCAGGUCUGGCACGUACCUGGAGCUCCCCAUGGUCCUUUUGAAGACAUAGUUAUUAAAAGAUCCAGUGCUACAAACCACUAAAUCUACCUAAUCUAUUCUAGUUCAUACACAUAUUUUACAAUAUUGCCUAGUACUCACUACAUACCAAGAGGAAAAGAUGCUGACUUGAAUUACAGUAAAUGUGCUUUUUUU